GCACGCUUAACGGGAUUGUUUUAUCGCAAGAUUAGCGGCUAGUCAGCCAGCAGUACGACGGACAGUUUAAGUGAAUUAACAUCAGCUUGAAGAUCGGCAACAGCAUUUUAGUCGAGCCGUAUUUCUUCAGGGGUAUUUCAGCCAGAUCCGUCCGACAUCCUAGACUCGGGGUGUUGUGGGAGAGCCACGUGUACAGGAACUGGAGUCUGACAGCUUGCCUGACUGGAGCAACCGCAGGUCGGUUUGAAGUCCAGGAAGUCCAGCUAACAUUAGCCAGCUGAUAAUACUGCAGUAGGUAGCCUGCCCUCCCUUCCAGAGUGGUUUGAACUUCUCCACAGUGUCGUUUUACUCACCGUACUUGACAGGCCAACAUGGCUGUUAGGAGAACAUUGUGGUGCAGAAACCUCCUGGCUGUGUCUCUGCUUUCCUGCGUUUUGCUCCAAUCAAUGGAUGUGCAUGCGCGGCCAGCCAACAUGUCAGCCUCUAAAGAUAAGUCCCCAUCCAACAAGGACGAGAAUGAGAUUCUUCCUCCAGACCACCUGAAUGGGGUGAAGAUGGAGAUGGAUGGCCACCUCAACAAGGACUUCCAUCAAGAGGUGUUUCUGGGUAAAGAGAUGGAGGAGUUUGAGGAGGACUCGGAGCCGAGGAGGAACAGGAAGAAGCUUAUUGAAAUUUUCACCAAAGUUGAUUUCAACAAAGACAGGAGUGUGAGCGCCAAAGAGAUGCAGCGCUGGAUUAUGGAGAAGACGGAGGAGCAUUUUCAGGAGGCCAUGUUGGAGAACAAGAACAGUUUCCAUGCUGUAGACCCAGACGGCGACGGUCACGUGAUGUGGGAUGAAUAUAAAGUCAAAUUUCUGGCCAGCAAAGGUUUCAACGAAAAGGAAAUGGCCGAGAAAAUGAAGCACAAUGAAGAUCUGAAACUGGAUGAGGAAACUCAGGAGGUUUUGGAAAGCCUGAAGGACCGCUGGUUUCAGGCUGACAACAGCCCAGCUGACCAGCUGCUGAAUGAGCAGGAGUUCCUGUCCUUCCUUCAUCCUGAGCACAGCAGAGGCAUGCUGCAGUACAUGGUCAAGGAGAUUGUGCGCGACUUAGACCAGGACGGUGAUAAGAAGCUGACUCUGUCGGAGUUCAUCUCUCUGCCUAUGGGCACCGUGGAGAACCAGCAGGCGCAGGACAUUGAUGACGACUGGGUUCGAGAGAGGAAGAAGGAGUUUGAGGAGGUCAUUGAUUCAGACCGUAAUGGCAUUGUAACCAUGGAGGAACUGGAGGAGUACAUGGACCCGAUGAACGAGCACAACGCCUUGAACGAGGCCAGGCAGAUGAUUGCCGUCGCAGACGAAAACCAGAAUCGUAAUUUGGAGCUGGACGAGAUCCUCAAGUACAGCGAAUACUUUACAGGUAGCAAACUCAUGGAUUAUGCCAGAAAUGUUCACGAGGAGUUUUGAAGACAAACGCAUCCUCACUCGAAAUCCGCUUCAGGAACAAGCCUGAGUGGAGGGCAGCCUAGCAACAGGAUGAUCAAGUGUGCAAUUCUGUGUUUAAAAGCCUCAACGGCCCCUCAAAUUAAAACAUCCCUCCUUCAGCCCCGGACUGUCUGUCAGCCAUCAGUUAACGUGGUCUGCCAUUGGACUUUCUGACUUUUAAAUGUGGGCUCUUCCGUCAAUUUGGGGCACUGCAGCAACUCCAGAUUUCUUUUGUGUUGUAUUGUGAAAUGUGUGUAUAUGAGGAAUUUUACCCCCGAGUAGAUUUUUCGUUCCUGGCACAGCGGUGAGGAGGGCCGUGCAGCUACGUGUUCUGUAGGAUGUCGAUUUUAGCUGGCGAAUCUGUAUACAGUGUAAAUAUUUAUUGUCACGUACCACUGCCUCUGUCAUACAGAAAAGCAAGGAAAAUAAAUCUAAGGCUCCUGUACGGAACAAGCCUCACAGAGCUAUAUGGUCAUGAAAAGAGUUUGAUGACCCAUAAAAUACCACUUCAUUCCUCCAAAUUCAAAAGGUGAUUUUGUCAUUAGUGGUGUACAAUUUCACUGGUUUCCGUAAUAGAUAGUAUCCGUCCUUCUUCUUGUAAAUGCAGUACUGAUUGCGUAAAAACAAAACAAAAUAAAACAGAAAUAGAAGUGACACUUCUUCAAUAAAGUACAAUAGCUCUACUUAGCAGAGACGUUUAUUAAUUUAUUGCCAGAGCAAUCCAAAAUGCCGGCAGAGAGAUGAAUAUAUGGUAGCAGCGUGCCUUUUUCACAGCAGACAUUUUUACCUCUUGUUGGAAAAGCACAGGUGUCACCGGUGACAACAGGUGUGAUUUCACCUGAGUGCUUCAGGUCAAAACGUCUCCUGUGGCGAAGGCCUGUGGUUUGCUCUCCACUAAAAAGCGACUAAUUUGAGUUGUCUUUGAAGAUCUCACAGGAUUGCGCUUAUUUUUUUCUAUUUCGUUUGACAGUAGAAGGCUGUUUUUGGUGUUCUCAAUUCACAGAUGAUGUGUGGCGCAGCUCACUCUUCAUCGUGCUUACCUGUUCGGUUUUGAAUGCUCUUGGUUAGUCCGUACACAUUUUGACCCUUACUUUGUUUUUCGCUGCAUGAACAAACGAUGGAAUUAAAUUCCUCCAUUUUGUUGAGAUAUUCAGUGGCCUGUUUUCUGUCCGGUUUGGACUGUAAGAUAAGAUUUAAGCUAACAGAAUGUGACACAGCUUUAUAAAAUGUAAUGCAAAUAUACAAUAAAGAUUUCUUAUCAGUUAA